UGGUUACUAAGCCCUCGAGAGACUAAUAACGAUGUCUGCCUUACACGCCAACCCUACAACGUACCAGUUCCGGUUUGAGCCCUUUCUGAGAUCUGAGUUCCAUUUCGGGCUGGACCCUGACCGCCCAGUGUGCCAGUUCUACAACGGUCAUGGUGGGUGUCCACAAGGUGAUCAGUGUCCAAACAAACACGUCGCGUCGAUCUUCCAUAACAAGAUCGUGUGUAAGCAUUGGCUGCGUGGGCUUUGUAAGAAGGGUGAUCACUGUGAGUUUUUGCACGAGUACAACUUGAGAAAGAUGCCCGAGUGCCUGUUCUUCUCCAAGAACGGGUUCUGUACCCAGACACCAGAAUGCCAGUACGCCCAUAUAGAUCCACAGAGUAAAGUACCUGAGUGUAUGAACUAUAGCAGGGGGUUCUGUCCCGAGGGCCCAAACUGUAAGAUGAGACACAUCAAGAGAAUUGUGUGUCAAAACUAUCUCACUGGGUUCUGUCCCGAUGGACCUGAUUGUGAUUUGGCUCAUCCAAAGUUUGAGAUGCUACCAGACAAGUUAAGAAUAAGACCUGAUAGACCCUUGGAUGCCAAACCAAAGGCCAAGAGUGUCUUGGAGAUACAAAUAGAACAAGAGAGAGAGAAGCUAAGGCUACAGGACGAAGCGGAAGAAAGGGCAAGGGCUGAAAAGGCUGCAGAAGCUAAAGCGUAAUAACCCUCACUGUCUUAUAAGCUGUAGAUGAAUACUCUGAAUUUAAUGAACUUUUAAUACGAUUAUUUAAUUACUAGAA